GCAUUGAUUGUGCAUAGAGAACCUCACCCUCUUCUACCACCUCAGUCUCGAAUGGAGAAGGAGAGAAUUGGAGUGCUUCUGUUCUUUCUGAUGCCCUUUCAGCCGGUCCUGUCUCCAGUGAAGACCUGCUCUCAUCAUAAUGUCCCAGCUCCUGCAUGUGGAGAUCCCCAACUUUGGCAGCUCUGUGCUGGAGAGUCUGAAUGAGCAGCGCCUGCAGGGCCAGUACUGUGAUGUGGCCGUCAUGGUCAACGGCCAGUCCUUUAAGGCCCACCGCGCCGUGCUGGCCGCCAGCAGCCUCUACUUCAGAGACCUGUUCAGCGGCAGCUCUCAGGGCAUGUUUGAACUACCCUCCUCGGUCACCCCGUCCUGCUUCCAGCAGAUCCUCUCCUUCUGCUACACGGGCAGGCUGACCAUGGCCGCCAGCGAACAGCUCGUGCUCAUGUACACGGCCGGCUACCUCCAGAUCCAGAACAUUGUGGAGCGCAGGAUGAAUCUCAUGCUAAAGGCCAACUCUCCACACUGUGAUUCCCAGACGGCCACCACUGAGGAUCUGGGCUUCGAACCGUCAAGCCCCAACUAUAGCCAUCCGGCCCUGUUGCCAGGCGACACACUAAUGGCCACUUGUAGGAUUAAGCAGGAAAGAUGUGAGUCUCCAAUGAGUGAGGAGCACACAGCAAAGGGCCUCAAGGGCUACGCCACGAGGAGCAGUGCGCAAUGUUACAUGAGGGCAGGAGGGAGUGGUAUUGUACCCGGAGUACAGUCGUACCCUAUGGCCUCUGGGGAGCGCUCUAGCCCAGGGGCCUCCAGCCUCCCAGCCACUGACAGCCCCACUUCCCACCCCAACGAGGAGGAGUUUGAAGAGGAGUUCUACGGCAGCAGCAAUACAAACGGGGUUUAUGGGCAGAAUUAUGGGCACCCAACCAACUCCUACAGCAUGCAGGAUAAGUUGGACGUGUUGUCCCUACCUCUGGCCACUGAGAGGCGCUGUGUGCUGAUCGGCAGGGACACGAUGGCGCUGCCACCCAGUCUCAUCAGCCAGAUUGGCUACCGCUGCCACCCCACCCUGUACACAGAAGGGGAUCCCGGGGAGAAGGUGGAGCUGGUGGGAGGUUCUGGUGUAUAUAUGACUCGUGGCCAGUUGAUGAACUGUCAUUUGUGUGCUGGCAUUAAGCACAAAGUGCUGCUGCGUCGGCUGCUCGCCACCUUCUUUGACAGAAACACACUGGCCAAUAGCUGUGGAACUGGAAUUCGCUCCUCCACCAAUGAUCCCAGCCGAAAACCGUUGGACAACCGAGUCCUAAACACUGUCAAACUCUACUGUCAGAACUUUGCACCUAAUUUCAAAGAGAGUGAGAUGAACGUGAUUGCAGCCGACAUGUGCACCAAUGCCCGGCGGGUGCGAAAGCGCUGGCUGCCCAAGAUCCAGUCGAUGCUCCCGGAGACCAAGGAGAGCAGCAGAAGCUCCUGCAAGGGGCAGUCCAGGGCCUGUGCGUCAUCCCAGACAAGUGUGCUGUCGUCGGCCUUUGAAAUGGACUUCAGACACCUGACGUCGUCCUACCUGACCCUAGAACAGCAGCUCUACGCCGAGAGCCACAAAGAGACUCUCCUACCUCACCUGCAGUUUGUGGGAACCACCAGGUCAGAGGAGGGGGCUGCAGCAGCAGAGCUGGCUGAGUCCGAGACAGAGCCUGGGCCUGAGCGAGGAGGACGAGGAGCCCAGGCAGGCCAAGGAACUGAACGCCUCUCUGAGUGCUUGGAGAGAGCAGCUGAGGUCCCCUCCCUCAGCACACAGGGUAAGGCUGGGGCCGGGGGCUCCCCCUCCUCCAAACACACAGGACAGCAGGACAAGUUGCUAGGAGAUGACCAGUGAGCUCCUAACAUCCCUCUUCUCCACCAAUCUAUAUAUGUCUAUGUAUGUGUAUUUAAGCUUUGGCUACUCUACUGCAUGUAACAUCGCAGAAAUUGCAGUUAAGACAUGCACUUAAAAGAAAACUGAUGAAAAAUUAAAUGCAGUAUAAUAAUUCCCUGAAGAAGAAGAGAAGAAUGCUACUACUGUGGCACCUGAUGGACUCGCUGAUAGAUAAGGUGGGUGAACAGACAUGAGGCGAAUGAGGAAAACCGUUGAGUUUUUAGUUGUCUUCUGUAGUUUGUACUCUUGUAAAGCCUACAAGACCAGAGGUCUAGGGUUGGCUUUUAUGUGCAUUUACCCUCUACUAUACCACUGGUCAUAAUGUACGGCUCACUACUUCUACCAAAAGUUCGUUACCACUUUAUUUUACAGUACAGAAAUUACCUGGUAUUUUACAUAGAAAUUGCAUUGUAAAAUGGUAAUUAAACAAUUAUAAUAACCUAGAACCUACAUUUGUUUAUUUGAGGCUCAAUGCAAGUAGAACCACUCAGCACCAUUUGGUACCAGGUAGUUACCAACAGUUUAAAGGUCUUAGAAGUAAGUAGCAGAAAGUACCCAUUAAAUACCUAGAAAAUACCAAGUCAUUUCUGUUCCUUAAAAUAAAGUGCUACCAACGCUUCUUUAUUGAAUUCUGUUUUCUAAUUGUUCUGCUUCCACCUAAUUACCUCAUGUGACAUUAUGUUCAUCUAUAUAGUCAACUGUUGGCACUGAAUAAGACAAACAUUACCAAUAUCAAAAUGGGGAGGCCACAUAAUAUUGCUUCUAUAUUCCUUUAUUUGAAUCAGCUUCAAACUGUCGGUCCACUGCGAUGCAUUGAAGGUAUAGCCCCAGUGAGAUUGAUCUGUACUUUACCUUAUAUCCAGUACUGUUUUGAUAUUACUGAUUGGAAUAUGUUGAAAGAUUCAUCCACCCAGGACUCAUCCAUCAACAUUGAGGAAUAUACGCCAUCAAUCACAGGCUUCAUUAGGAAAUGUGUUGAUAUUGUUCACAAAAUAGCAAUCCGGACAUGCUCCAACUAAAAACCCUGGAUCAACAGAGAUAUCCGUACCAUGCUCAGAGCCCGUACUGCAGCAUUCAAUGUCAGCAGAACGGACCCUGAUGACUUGGUGGGGUGCGAUGCGUACAAGGCAAGCAGUUACGAGCUCCUCAAAUCCAUUAGUGACGCAAAAAGACAGUACAGACUCAAACUUGAAUUGAUGUUUGACUACUUAGACUCGCGACUACAAGGACUACAAACUAUCAUGGACUAUCACGGACUACAAAGGCAAAUCUAGCUGUGUGGUGCCCACCGAAACCUCCCUCCCAGAUGAGCUUAACACACUCUGGUCGCUUCGAGGCAGACAAUACCGAGCAAUCCAGGAAGACACUCGCUGAUCCGGACAACCAAGUGCUUUCACUCUGAGGCUGAUUUGAAGAAAACUCUCAAAAGAGUGAAUACUCACAAAACCGCCAGACCAGAUGGCAUCCCUGGCCGCAUUCUCAGUGUGUGUGCUGACCAGCUGGUGAGCGUCUUCUCAGACAUCUUCAACCUGUCCCUGGCUGUAGUCCUCACCUGUUUCAAGGAGACUACCAUUGUCCCAGUGCCCAAGAAAAACAAGGUGACAUUCCCAAAUGACUACUGACCAGUCUCACUCACCCCAGUCAUCAUGAAGUGCCUCGAGAGGCUGGUCAUGGCCCACAUCAAGGCCAUCAUGCCAGGCACACUGGACCCACGCCAAUUUGCCUACCGCUCCAACAGAUCCACGGAAGAUCCCAUUUCCAUCACUAUUCACACGGCCCUAACACAUCUGGACAAGAGGAACACCUAAGUGAGAAUCCUGUUCAUUGACUACAGUUCAGCAUUCAACACUAUUGUUCCCUCCAAGCUCGACACCAAGCUCAAAGCACUGGGUCUGGACAGCACCAUCUGCAACUGGGUCCUGAACUUCCUGGCGGGCAGACCACAAGAACAACACCUCUUCCAUACUAACUCUUAACACAGGGGACCCUCAGGGGUAUCUCCUCAGCCCUCUGCUGUACUCCCUAUUCACCCAUGACUGCGUGGCUUUGCAUGACACCAACUCCAUCAAGUUUGCUCACAACACCACAAUUGUAGGCCUGGUAACCAACAAUGACGAGUCAGUCUAUAGGGAGGUUGUAAGUGAACCGGCAUUGUGGUGCCAGGACAACAGCAGCUAGAAUUUUUCCGUCCACAAUUCAACUGUGGGAGCAUGGCGGCUCUCAACACCAGGCAAUAAAAAGAGCUGGCCGCUACUAUACGAGAGAUUGUUUGUGAGGAGAUUACCUCUGCCCUCGUCUUACAAUUAAAACCGAUAAUUGAAUCAUUGGCUGUGCUCACUGCUAAAGUGGAUACCUAUUCUAAAGUGGAAAGCCUGGAGAAGACAACCAAUGCGACAGAGGUGUGACUCCAUGACCUGGAAACAGCGCAAGCUAAGUUGGAAGGGAUAAUCAAACUCCUGUAAAUUCAAUGUGCAGGUCACAGGACUUGAAACUGGUGUGGAAGCGGGCAACCAACUUCCUUCAUGAGCAAUCUUUUCUAUGAGCUGUUCGGACAGGAGGUCCAUGUCGCUGAUUAACAGUGAGCACUGCACCGGUCAACUCCAACGGCUCUCACUAUAUGAUUGUACGGAUCCACAACUUUGAAGUCAAGCGGCGAAUUGUUCACCUUGUAGUGUUAUCUGGGGGUUUGACUAUGCAGGGAAGAGGAUCAGCAUCUACCCAGACCUGAGUGCCAAAAUGCUAAAACACAGGGAAACCUACAACAAGGUGAGAUACCAGCUACGUAAGCUAAACCUGAGAUGCGGCUUCAUCCACUCGACAAAACUCAUCUUGACCUCCAGAACACCACACACAUGUUUUCCACUGCCAAGGAAGCUCAAGACUUCUUCAAGAAGCACAUCAAACCCAACACACAACGGGACAAGCCAACAGAAGGAACCUCAUGACUGGCACAUUUUUUAAGGUAUGCUAUCCAUGCACAAUCACGCGGCCUAGCCUAUGGCUAUGAUGCUGCCCUCAGCAUAAGACAAUGAUGACACCCCCUAAUGUUUGGGUACAAGGAACAAUAAUAAUAUUAUUGCUGAGCAUUAAACUUGUUAUAAGUAUAUUGCCUAUGGUCCUGGACAUUUACACAGUAAUGGCACCACACCAAUUAAUGAACAAUGGACAAUAUAUGGAGGUUUACACAUACUGGAACUGCAUUCUUGAGGCUACAGUGUAUUGAAUCCAUUUGGGCAGAAUAUGGCAAAUAACAGUAUAUAUACAAAAGUAUGUGGACACCACUUCAAAUUAGUGGAUUCAGCUAUUUCAGCCAUACCCGUUGCUGACAGGUGUACAAAAUCUCCAUAGACAAACAUUGGCAGUGGAAUGGCCUUCCUGAAGAGCUCAGUGACUUUCAACCUGGCACCGUCAUAGGAUGCCACCUUUCCAACAAGUCAGUUUAUCAAAUUUCUGCCCUGCUAGAGCUGUCCCGGUCAACUGUAAGUGCUGUUAUUGUGAAGUGGAAACUUCUAGGAGCAACAACGGCCCAGCCGCGAAGUGGUAGGCUACACAAGCUCACAGAACGAGACCGCACACAAGCGUAAGAUCAUCAUGCGCUAUACCAAGCGUCGGCCGGAGUGGUGUAAAACUCGCCGCCAUUGGACUCUGGAGCAGUGGAAACGCGUUCUCUGCAGCGAUGAACCAUGCUUCACCAUCUGGCAGUCCGAUGGACAAAUCUGGGUUUGGCGGAAGCCAGGAGAACACUACCUGCCCAAAUGCAUAGUGCCAACUAUAAAGUUUGGUGGAUAAGGAAUAAUGGUCUGGGGCUGUUUUUAAUGGUUUGGGCUAGGCCCCUUAGUUCCAGUGAAAGGAAAUCUUAACGCUACAGCUUACAAUGACAUCCGAGAUGGUUCUGUGCUUCCAACUUUGUGACAAAAGUUUGGGGAAGGCCCUUUCCGGUUUCAGCAUGACAAUGCCCCUGUGCACAAAGCGAAGUCAAUACAGAAAUGGUUUGUUGAGAUCGGUGUGGAAGAACUUGACUGGCUUGCAAUGAGCCCUGACCUCAACCCCAUCGAACACCUUUGGGAUGAAUUUGAACACCGACUGCGAGCCAGUCGGCCUAAUCGCAUAACAUCAGUGCCCGACCUCACUAAUAAUCUUGUGGCUGAAUAGAAGCAAGUCCCCGCAGCAAUGUUCCAACAUCUAGUGGAUAGCAGCAAAGGAGGGACCAACUCCAUAUUAAUGCCCAUGAUUUUGGAAUGAGAUGUUCGACGAACAGGUGUCCACGUACUUUAGGUCAAGUAGUUUAAGUUAGUAGCUAUUCCCCUACUAUUUUAUGUUUCAUUUUGUAUAGAUAUUUUGCUACUGCCAAGGAGAGAUGGCCAGUCCAAUAUGUGCUACUACUACACAAUAGCUUUUUUGUUUUUGCUUGUUUUUCUUCUUGUUGAUUCCUUCCCCCCUCUAUUUAGGCAUUAAAUGUAUCUCCCAGGAGGACUUGCCCUACAGGCAAUGAUUAAUUAUUAUAUACAGUAACAUCUAGAGUAUAGACUUCACUUUUUGCACAGGAGGAGGGCU